AUGCCCCCACACCCCGUGCCCCACACCCCGUGCCCCACACCCCGUGUGCCCUCACACCCGUGCCCCCACAUCCCCGUGCCCCACUUUCCGUUUUCCCACUUCCCGUUUUUUCUUCACUACCCCGUGCCCCACACCCCGUGCCCCACCCCCUGCCCCCACCCCUGCCCCACACCCCGUUUUCCCCCAUUCCCCUGCUCUCAUCCCUUCUCUUGCCCCACUACCCCGUGCUCCCAUCCCCCUGCCUCCCACCCCGUGCCCCUACACCCGUCCCCCCACCCCGUCCCUCAUCCUGCCCACUUCCACUGCCCCACACCCAGUGCCCCAACCCCGUGCCCCACAACCCCUCCCCACAACCACCGUGCCCCACACCCCGUCCCCACCCCCCGAUCCCCAACCCCGUGCCCCACACCCCGUCCCCACUACCGGUGUGCGGGCCCCACGGCCUGGCGUGGCCACUACCCCGUGCUCCCACAACGUAUGCCCGUUACCUCCCGUGUCCCACACCUUCCCCCACCCCGUGCCCCACACCCCGGGCCCCACACCCCUUGCUCUCGUCCCCGCCUGUAUUGA